AUGUUACACAUGCAUUAUUAUCAGAAAUUUGCGAUUAUAGGUUUUAGCAUAGGUCUUGUUCCUAUUAUUCUGGGUAUUACUGGACUUACAACUUCGAAUUGGAUAAGUAUAAAUCACAAUGGAUCUUCAUCUAUAAUUACAUAUGGUCUCUUUCAAAAAUUUCCGAAUGAAACAAUUCAACAUGAAGAUCUAACAUCCUUUGAAAUAUGUCAAUAUUUUGAAAUAUCUGGUUAUGUUCUAUUAAUACUUGGUGUUUUUAUUGGUAUUCUAUGUACUGAAUUAUUUUAUAAACGUAAUAUUCAAUUUAUUUCACCAAUUAUUAUUAUGAUUGGUACAAUAUUAAUUUUCAUCGGUUUACUUUUGUAUAUUAAAAAUCUCGUCGAAAUGACUUAUGACAAUCCGAUUGAAAAUAUCUAUUUUGGUUAUAGUAUGAUAUUGAUGAUUUGUACUAAUAUUACUGGAUGUAUUUUAACAGUUUAUUUUUCAUUUGUUGCUGGUUAUAUUCAUCGACAUAUUCUAUCUACUGUCAAUAUUUAUUAA